AUCAGCCGCGGACAGCCUUCCUACCCUCCUUUCUCAGUCAUCCCUUUCUUCCUUCCAAGUAAGGAGAGAACAUGACCUCUAUUUCUUCCUGAAGCUGGUGUGUGUUGGAGGAAGGAGGAAGGAAGCCUAGGAAAGCCACCGCUCACCUUCUCGGCUCCCCACCAAACGCUGCUUGGUAGGAGAAAAAUUGGCGGAAAAGCUUCCCCUUGGCCGGGAUCUCUUCUUUAAUUACCCCUGGGGAUUGGCUGGCUCAUAAGAGCGGACAGGGAGAGGGUCGCCGAAGAAGGAGAGGAGAGUAGAGACUAGAGACACACACAUCGGGUGCUCGCUGGGAGGAGGCUUGUGGGGAGGGAUCGAGAAGAAGAUGAGGCGGCGGGCCUUGGCCAUCGCCAUUCUUGUUGCAGCGCUCUUCCUUGGAGCUGAGGCCCAGGCGGUGCAGCAGGGCCACCAGACAGAGAGGAUCUCAGGAAGUGCUGGUGAUGUGUUAGAAGAUAACCCUGUUGGGAGGCUCAAGGUCUAUGUCUAUGAUCUCCCCAGCAAAUACAACAAGAAACUCCUGAAGAAGGAUCCCAGGUGCCUGAACCACAUGUUUGCCGCUGAGAUCUUUAUGCAUCGGUUCCUGUUGUCAAGCGCUGUUCGAACUUUUAAUCCUGAGGAAGCAGAUUGGUUCUACACGCCUGUAUACACAACAUGUGAUCUGACUCCUUCGGGUCUUCCUUUGCCCUUCAAGUCUCCUCGAAUGAUGCGCAGCGCAAUUGAGCUGAUUGCCACGAACUGGCCUUACUGGAAUAGAUCAGAGGGCGCAGACCAUUUCUUUGUCACACCACAUGACUUUGGUGCUUGCUUCCACUAUCAGGAAGAGAAAGCAAUUGGACGGGGGAUCCUUCCCUUGCUUCAGCGUGCGACACUGGUUCAGACGUUUGGACAGAAGAACCAUGUCUGCCUGAAGGACGGAUCCAUCACAAUCCCACCAUUUGCGCCUCCCCAGAAAAUGCAGGCUCACCUUAUCCCCCCAGACACGCCUCGAUCCAUCUUUGUGUACUUCCGUGGUCUGUUCUACGACACCAGCAACGAUCCGGAGGGUGGUUACUAUGCAAGAGGUGCUCGUGCGUCUGUCUGGGAGAACUUCAAGAACAACCCGCUCUUUGACAUCUCGACGGAUCACCCGCCGACCUACUAUGAAGAUAUGCAGCGUUCCGUGUUCUGCUUAUGCCCAUUGGGCUGGGCACCAUGGAGUCCGAGGCUGGUGGAAGCCGUGGUCUUCGGCUGCAUCCCGGUGAUCAUUGCUGAUGACAUUGUUCUGCCCUUCGCGGACGCCAUCCCUUGGGAGGAGAUCGGUGUGUUUGUUGCCGAGGAGGAUGUUCCGAAGCUGGACAGCAUCCUAACGUCCAUUCCCACAGAUGUUAUACUGAGGAAGCAAAGACUUCUCGCCAACCCGUCGAUGAAGCAGGCCAUGCUGUUCCCCCAGCCUGCUCAGGCGGGAGAUGCAUUCCACCAGAUCCUGAACGGGCUCGCGCGCAAGCUCCCGCACGGUGACAACGUCUUCCUCAAGCCCGGGCAGAGGGUCCUGAACUGGACCGCUGGACCACCGGGUGACCUGAAGCCUUGGUAGCAUCUGGCAUAAUUCUAGAACUUUUUGGAAAAAGCAAGAUUUGAGGACAUGAUAAUAUACAUGCGCCUUUGAAUUACCAUGGCUGCAUAGUGCUGACCUGAAGCCAAAUGUACAUUUUUGUAUGUUCUUUACCUAUAGCUGCUAUACUAUAUAUCUUCAUUUCUUCUUCUUCUUCUUUUUCCCUCUUUUAUUAGGUGAUGAGAAUGUCAGCCUUGUCAAUCAUAUGUGGAUAUCAUAAUCGAAAUUUACAAGAUUUUACUCAUGC